UUUAAAGUCUGCUGCUGAACUGUAACUAUGUGUUAUAGCUUGAGAAAGUAACUGAAUUACGACAUGCAUAUUUAUCGUGCUUAGAUAAAUCACAUUAGGAAAAGUGUGACCUUGUUUUGCGAUAACGAGUUUCAGCGCGAGCUAAACUGAAGUCGUUUUACUGACAUGGACCGAUACAACGACUUAAAGAUUCUCCUAAAACAGUGGGAACACUCAUUUGUUCAAAUACACAACAGAAAACCAAACAAGGAUGAUAUUGCUGCAGCUCCAGAAGACACAAAAAAACUUUAUAAAGAGUACCGCACACUCAAAGAGGCAAAGGAGAAGAGCACAAGUGAGAAAAAGGAUCAUUUAGAAAAUCAGAAAGGCCAGUCUUCAGCCACUGGUGACUGCUGGGGUUCUCAUCUCAAUCGCAAAAACCUGCCUGCAGCAACACCCAAACUCACAUCAACAGACAGAGAGACUUUACAAGCCUCUGCCCAGUACUUCGGCAUGAAGUUAAAGUCUAAUCUCAUGAGUUCUUUAUCAAAGGAGCGUUCUUUUUCUCUGAAGAAAGCAGUCACUCCUCGCCGGACUCCAGGAAAGAACUGGAAAGACGGUGUAACCGCUUGCUCAGCACCCGGGGACCUGACAGCUGCGUCCCCAACACCUGCUAACACAAGUCCAGCAGUGCUCACUUCUCCAGUUCAGACAGGAAGCACUGAAUGUGAGGAUGAACCCUCCAAUCCCUUUCCUUCCUUCACUCCAUCAAAACUGCCCUCACUUAGCAUGAAGACGCCAGAUAAAAGCCUGGAGAAAGCCCAGUUCCUUAAGCAAUCCAUGACCAAGAGGCUGUCAUGCGUGGACAUAGGCUGGCUAGAGCGCUGUCAGGUGUUCACUGAGGUGAAAGACGAGCACAAACCAGUCGUAGGUAAUUUAGACCUGCCUGAAAUAGACAGGGUUGUUCAAAGUAGUUCUAGAAAUGAAAAAGUGGUCGUAGAGAAUAGCAUGUCCAGAGUCUCCGCAUCACCUGACGACAAGUCUCAGGUGUGUAGUGAGAAAUCUCCGGUACAUGUUGAUCACAGGUCAGGAAAUUCUGAUGGAGAGACAAAGGUAGAUAAUGUUACAGAGAGUCAGGGCGGGAUUGAUCAAUCCAGUCCUCCUUUAGAAACUAGAAAACAACCGAAAAAACGCAGAUCUAGGAAAGCUCAAGACUCUGGAGUCACAGAUUCUGAACAGAAGACUGAACAAAAGACUGUUAGGAAAAAAGGACGCAAAAGGCAGCGAGAAACUGAAGAAGGAGAAGAACAAGCAGGACAAACCGAAAGUGUUCAAAAGAAACGCAGAACCAAGAAAGAGGUCUCUGCAGAUGAGAAACCUGUUAAAAAAGAACUGAAAAAGAAGGCAAAAGGAUCCGAGGAGGAAGAAAGCACUUGUAAGACUAAAGUACCUCAGAAAUCAAAGAUCCCCCAAGAAAACCUUUUAGGAGAAGUGGACGAGGAGGAUGUGCGAGCGGCAUCAUCCAGGAAGCAAAACCCAGUCAGAAGCAGGGUGACCAAAAACACAGACGGAAACUUUGUGAAAAUCAACCUAAAGAAGAAAUCCCAUGUUAAAGGGUUUGCCCUGAGGGGAGCUGCUCUUCGCAAGCAGAUGUACAUGCAGAAGUUCCAGCUGAAGGGCGAGAGAUUUGGUGGAGGUGGUGGGCGGGGCAGGGGGAGAUUCGGGGGCUUUAACCGACAGGGUGAUACCUGCUAUAAGUGUGGUGGAACGGGACACUGGGCACGAGACUGUCGCGGAGCAGCUCCGGGUGUGGGAGGGUUGUCACAGAAGGACACGGUCCCAGAGGAGGAGGAAGAGGAGCCAUUCGAGCUGCCCACCUUAGAGGAAGUAGCCAGAGCCACGGGUACGCUCCGGUCUGAGCCAAUUGCUGUUCCCUCGAGUGUUGUAGACGAAGCAGAUGAGAAAGGAGAAGACAGAGGAGAGGAAAUCUUGUUAAACGUGAUCAGACCAGACUACGAGCGUCCCGCUCCUCCUCCACCCAUGGAGCCGCUGUACAGUCCCCAGGAGGAUGGCAAAGUACAGGAAGUUCCUCCUGAAGUGCACCAGGCUCUCCGUGACUUUGGGUACAAGUCCUUUAGGCCCGGCCAAGAGACGGCCAUCAUGAGAAUCCUCUCAGGCUUGUCUACACUUGUUGUUCUGUCCACUGGCAUGGGCAAAUCUCUGUGCUACCAGCUCCCUGCUUACCUUUAUGCACAAAGAUCAAACUGCAUAACCCUGGUUGUGUCACCUUUGGUAUCGCUUAUGGACGACCAGCUCUCUGGAAUCCCUUCUAAGCUGAAAGCAGCAUGUAUCCACUCCAACAUGUCUCAGAAACAGAGAGAGACGGCUAUUGAAAAGGUGAAAGCAGGUCAAGUGCAUGUUUUAUUGCUGUCUCCGGAGGCUCUGGUUGGUGGCGGUCACUCUGGCUCCGGUUGCCUGCCCCCAGCUGAUCAGCUCCCCCCUGUGGCCUUCGCCUGCAUUGAUGAAGCCCACUGUGUGUCCGAGUGGUCGCACAACUUCAGGCCGUGCUACCUUAGACUGUGUAAGGUGCUGAGGGAACGCCUGGGCGUUCGAUGUUUGCUGGGUCUGACCGCCACUGCCACCCUGUCCACUGCACUGGACAUCGCUCACCACCUGGGCAUUACUGAUCGGGAUGGCAUCGCUGUUCGUUCAUCGGCCGUUCCUCACAACCUUCAAUUGUCAGUGUCCAUGGACAGAGACAAAGAUCAGGCUCUGGUGUCCUUGCUAAAAGGAGAGCGCUUUGGUGCACUGGAAUCUAUUAUAGUGUACUGUACCAGACGAGAGGAGACGAGCCGUAUCGCUGCACUCCUGCGCACCUGCCUGCAGGGAGUGAUGCUGAAAGAGUCCUCACGGCCUGUCAAAGAGGAUGCAGAGGACAAUCCUGUGGGCAAGAAGAAGAAAGCUUUGGCUAGGAAAAAGAUCCGUAAGCCCCUGAAGUGGAUUGCUGAAGCGUACCACGCCGGCAUGUCUGGAUCAGAGCGCAGGCGUGUACAGAAUAACUUUAUGUGUGGUGAGCUGCGGGUGGUGGUGGCCACUGUAGCCUUCGGGAUGGGCCUGGACAAAUCAGAUGUGCGCGGUAUCAUACACUACAACAUGCCCAAGAGCUUCGAGAGCUACGUGCAGGAGAUUGGACGAGCCGGGCGAGACGGAGAACCUUCACACUGCCACCUGUUUUUGGAUCCAGACGGUGCAGAUCUGCAUGAGCUGCGCAGACACAUCUAUGCAGACACUGUGGACUACUUCACUGUCAAGAGGCUGGUGCAGAAAGUUUUCCCUUCCUGUAAGUGCAGGCGCAUCCAUCAGCACCAGAACCUCGUCCAGGCCAUGGAGGUGGAUGAUGCUGAGCUGAUGGAUCUGAUGGAUCAUUGUGAAGCUUUUGGAGACGAUCAACAUGAGCAGCAAGAUGCAGAAACACCUACCCACAUCCAAGAAACAGAACCAGAGCAGACGGAGAAUACGCACAAGAACACACUCCAGUCAAAAAGUUCUCAGGACUGGAACAAACCAACAAUUCAGGCAACAGGGACAGAAACGGAAUCUUCAGCUACUGAGCACGAGGAAGAAGACAAGUCACAGACGCAACAAAAAGAUGAGGGUGAGAACGAGGUCGAAAAUCAACACGGUUCAGAGAUGCAAGAGAGUGAAGGCGGUGUGUGGGGCCAGCGUGUGUGUCACACCCAUGAGAGAGCAGUUCCAAUGCAGGAUACAGUGGACGAACUGGACAUCACAGAGGAGGGUUUGGAGACAUUACUGUGUUACUUGGAACUCCACCCUCAGCGCUGGGUGGAGCUGAUGCACCCAACGCUCUCAAUGUGUCGUUUGGUGUGUUAUGGAGGACCCAGGGAGCUUCGCAAGCUUACCAAAGUGUGCGCUCCUGUGGCGGUGGUGUUGGCGAGGAAGCGUCUGGCUGGUGAGAAGGUGGAGGACUGUGACUCUCUGGAGUUUGAUGUGGUGGAGUUGGCAGACACGAUGGGCUGGCAGCUCCCACUGGUCAAGAGGGGACUAAGACAGCUGCAGUGGGGUGGCACGGGUCGGACCGGUAUCCACGUGGAGUUCUCCGCUCUCUCCUUCUACUUCCGCUCUUACGGAGACCUGACGGCUGAAGAACUGGACGAGGUGUGUGCAUUUCUGCACGGCAGGGUCCAGAUGCAGGAGCGGACACAGCUCUAUCAGCUAAAAGCCUCUUUUAAAGCCUUUCGCAGUGUUGCAUAUCGGAACUGUAGCUUCUGCAUGGAUGAGCUGGAUGAAGCCAGAAGCCUGAAACUGAAGGAACUUUUGGCUGAUUAUUUUGAGAAGAGGCGAGACCUGGAUAUAAGCAAGUAUGAGGAAGAGCAGGAUGAUGAGGAUGAGACCUUAAGCAAGUUAAAGCUGAAGGACUGGGAGGAGCAGAUCUGCGCUGAUGUCAGAGGUUUCUUGGCCAGUAGGUGUGAUGAAAAGUUCUCAGGCCGUGCCGUGGCAAGGAUUUUCCACGGGAUUGGAAGCCCGUGUUACCCGGCACAGACAUACGGCCGAGACCGGCGUUACUGGAGAAAAUAUCUCCAAUUUGACUUUAAUGAGAUCAUCCGCUUAGCCACUCAGGAGAUUAUUAGAACGAGGUAACUGAACAGACUCUGUGACUCCUCUGUUGUUCACUCCUGAUAAAGUCGUGCUGUUCUGUGUGUACAUUUGUACUUCUAUAAAUAUCCUAAUUUAUUAAUUUUACUGUAUAUUAAAUAAACUGUAUUUUUCUA